AUGAGUCCUAUUUCUCCGACGAGCGAACAGGUCGAGUCUCUCUUCCUGCUGCUCUGGCUUAUUCACCAUUGGUGGCAUGAAUUCUGCCAUAUUGUGGCCGUCAGUAUCAUCGGGCUCACCUCCAUCGCCCUCCAUCUCAUUGCAGUUCUCUCCCUAGGCUGUGUUCACCGGUGGCAAUGUCACAAAGUGACCAUUGAUCCAGACAUAGGAGGUGCGACACGCGUCGAAGGCGGCAGACCCCUCGCGAUACUCGCCGCCGGAUACGUUGGGUCAACAAUCUUGGGCGGCGUCUUUGUACUGGCCGGCUUCGAUAUCCUUAUGUCCAAGAUUCUGAGCUUCGUCCUGGCCUCGGCCUCAUUGCCCCGCUCGCACUUGACCAUUCUCCUGACUUCAAUAUACGAGGGCCUACUCGUCGGGUUUUGGUUCAUCGACCAUGGGCAGGCGCUGCGAUGGUACUCUUGGGCAGCGAUCUGGAUUCUCUUCGAGAUCGGCGUUCUCAUCGGCUUUGUGUUCCUCGGCAUCGUGGCCUUCAAGCGCACGAAUGAGCAGAUGUACCAGGAAGCAGGUGCGAUGCUAUGA